CGCUGCUCCCUAAACGCUGCAGACUGUGCGAGAAUGUGACCAGAAGAGCAAAACAUCACAACAAAUAAUUUUUCCAGCUGUUUUUUUGUUAUAUUCUAGUUUAUUAUUUGUUUACGGAGAGAUUACGGCGUGAUUCAGAUUCGAUGGAAAACAUUUUUGCGAUCAUUUUGGAACCGUAGCCAGUAAGAAAAACCACAAUGCCCAACGCCAGCACCAAACCCAAACACGGCCGCCGAACCAGACGCCGACAGAGAGAGGAUCCGGCCAGAAACGAGCUGGUGUCCAGUUCUUUGGAGAGCGCCCAGCAGUGCCUCUUCAACCAGGACUACGGCACGGCGUUUGUGCACUACCUCCUCGCACUCAACCUGGCCCCUGUGUUUAAAGACUUCGCCAGAGACUCGUUCAGAUUCACUCUGUUUAAAUGGGCCGAGGAGCUGGACUCUCUGGGGCGCAUCCAGGACCUGUUCAGUUGUUAUGAACAGGCCCUGGAGCUUUUCCCUGACGACGAGGUCAUCCUGAACAGCAUGGGCGAGCAUCUGUUCAGGAUGGGGUUCAGAGACGAAGCCGCCGGUCACUUCCACAAAGCCUUGAAGAUGAGACCAGAUUACCCCGAGGCCCGCGAGAACUUUUACCGGGUGGCGAACUGGCUGGUGGAGCGCUGGCACUUCCUCAUGCUCAACGACAGAGGGAGGAACCAAAAGUACCAGAGGGCCAUAGAGCGGGCGGUCCAGAGCGGGCGCAGCACUGUACUGGACAUAGGUACUGGCACUGGGAUCCUUGGCAUGUGUGCUAAGAGGGCAGGGGCCGCAGAGGUGUACGCCUGUGAACUCUCCAAGACCAUGUACGAGCUGGCCUGCGAGGUGGUGAGCGCCAACGGACUGGGAGGGCAAAUCAGCAUCCUCCACAUGAAGUCUCUGGAGAUGGAAGUGCCCAGGGACAUUCCACAAAGGGUGUCGUUGGUUGUGACAGAGACGGUGGAUGCCGGCUUGUUUGGGGAGGGAAUUAUAGAAAGUCUCAUUCACGCUUGGCACAACCUGCUCUUACCACGACAGACUGUUGAUGAGGAGAACAGCGAGCCCUCUGCCUCAGGACGAGUGAUCCCCGCUGGAGCCACCGUGUUCGCCAUGGCCGUGGAGUGCCCCGAGAUCCGCCGCCAUCACAGGCUGUGUGUGCCCUCUGUUGGCGGUCUGUCCCUGGGCGCCUGUGGAGACCUGAGGAGCCCGGUGAGCUGCAGCUCUGUGCCCGACGACGCCAUGGAGCCGUACACCACCGAGAGACUGAGCCGCCUGCCGGGGGGGUACACUGCCCUCACACAGCCGUUCACCGCGCUCGACAUAGACUUCAACAACGUACAGGAGCUGGAGGGCCUGACCUCGAGGCCGGUGCACAAGCUGUGGCUGCCUGUUACUCACGAGGGGAGGCUGGACGCUCUUGCUGUUUGGUUCCAGCUGCACCUGGACCAAGACAACAGUCUGUCCACUGGGCCGGAGGAAGACACGUGCUGGGAGCAGGCCAUCUACCCCGUCCACACCACCAAGGAUUUCGCCCUAAAACUCGGAGACAAACUGCUGGUGGAAGUGUCCUGCAGAGACGCCUAUUUGAGACUGUGCAGCGUUGCCGUGCUCAGAGACGGAACUGAAAUCCGCCUGGACAAACCCUCUCCGGACCUCCCAGACCAUGGAUCAAACCAAAACCCAGAGGCCCAACUGUGUACUGCAUUAGCGAGCCUACAAACAGACCACAACAAAGCCUUCUGCGUGCUAGAGUCUGCUGAAAUGGCCCUUUUAAACAACGAGGAAUACCACAAAAGCUUCCAGGACGCAGUUACAAAGCUAUUCUCACAGUUAAAGUUAGCAAAUCAACAUAAACGUCAAAAUUCAAGUGAACUUUUUUAUGUCCUGGAUGUUUCCGAGGGCUUUUCUUUACUUUCUCUGAUCGCUGCCGGUCAGGGUCAUGUGAAAGCUUACAGUUCGGUGGAGAAGAGCAAGCAACAGGAAGUGCUCAAGAGGCUGGCCCGCUCCAAUAAUAUCCCAGAAGAGAGUUUGGAGUUUUGGCUCAACGGCGCAGAGGAAGAGCAAGGCGUUUUCCAGAGACCGUCUACAGAAAAGCUCUGGAGCGCCAUCAUGCUGGACUGUGUGGAGACGUGCGGGCUGAUCAGGCAGAAACUCAUGGACAAGGCGUCAUUAGCGAGGUGUCUGCUGGAGGAGGGAGGCAGGAUAUUCCCAGAGAGGAUCGUAGUCCACGGUCUGCUGGUGGAGUCGGACACGCUGCUGCUGGAGAGCGCCGUCCAGGGACAAGAGCCCACCCUGGGAUUCAACAUCGCUCCUUUUAUCAACCAGUUCACAGUACCAGUGCACGUGUUCUUGGACUUCUCCACGCUGGAGUGCAAACGUCUGAGUGAGUCUGUGGAGCUGUUUGUUCUGGACCUGAUGGACACCAACGCAAACUACACCACCAGACAAGUCAAGGUCAAAGCCACGAGCGCCGGUAGAGUGACGGCCAUUCCCUUCUGGUACCACAUCUUCUUGUUUGAGGAGAUCUGCGUGAGCACCCUGAGCCAGCACUCCCACUGGAAACAGGCCGCCGCGGUGCUGCAGGAGCCUCUGGAGGUCCGGGCCGGAGAAUGGAUCUGCCUCACGGUCAACCUGCACAAGAGCACCAUCACCAUCUCUGCUCAGAGGGACCAGCCCCAGCCUAUGGACUAGACUCAGAGGGACUAUCCUGCUCAAAGAAAGGUCAAUAAAAUAAUAAAAUAGACCAGACACAUGCUGACGUUUGAGAUGAAUUACGGUAUCUCAGAAUCAGGCGUGUCACGAUAAUUACUGUUCAUACUUCACGCUGGAGGUAUUUCUGUAACAGCCUGGUUUUGUUACGACCCACUGACCCUCAAAAUUUAGCUCUAACCUAUUAAUAUAUGAUGAGGUUUUAUGUAAAAAAUGUGACCAUGACCAAUUACCAAUAAUAAUUUUACCUCAAACGCAGUGAAAAUAAUAAUAAUUAGUGUUAUAUAGCGCUUUUCCAGACACUCAAAGUCGCUUUACAAUCUGAAUCUGGUGCAUUAUUCGUUCACUCCACACUCUGUGCUGGUAAAAUACUAAUGUAGCCACGGUUGCCCUGGGGCAGACUGACAGAAGUGAGGCUGCCAAUCUGUUUAUCCAUCACCAACACUUGCACACUCUCACAUUCACACUAGGCAAUGCGGGUGAGGUGUCUUGCCUAAGGACACAGUGACGGUUUUACUGGCGCCCCCCUGUGGUACCUGAUACUCCGAGCGGUCUCUCUGAGCUUCUGACAUGUGACCAGAUCAGGCUUUUUCAAGAGGAUUGGCCACAAACAGACACAUUUUUCAUGUUCAUUUAGCGCAGGAGUCUCCAACCUGUAGCUCUCCAUCCCUUCCAUGUAGCUCACCAAGAGAUUUCUGAAUUAUAUGUACCAUAUUUUUCGAGCUAUUAGGUCGCUCUGGAUUAUAA